UGAAGGCUUCUGGGUCACACUCUGGAAGCUCGCCUUGGGUCCAGCAAGCAUCUGCCAAGUCCCACUGUGCCAUGAAGCUCGCCACCACCUUCCUGGUGCUCUGUGUGGCCCUGCUCAGCCACUUUGGUAACACCACCCUUGUGGAGUCCCUGGCUAACCCCAUGGCUGAACCCCUAGCGGCCUUGGCCCCUGCUGCAGAGGCUGUGGCUGGGGCUGUGCCCAGACUCCCUGUGCCUUUCAACCCCCUGAAGCUCAUGCUGACCAGCCUGGGCAUCCCAGUGGAGCACCUCAUAGCGGGUUCUACGAAGUGUAUUGCUGAGCUGGGUCCUGAGGCUGUGGGAGCCGUGAAGACGCUGCUGAAGGUCCUGACUCUCUUCGGCUGAGUCGAGAAUGGAGUAACCCCGAGAGACUGCUGCUGUCCCCUGCAAGGCUGGAAGCCCUGCUUCCACUCUGCCCACCCCUACCUUUCUCAAUAAACAUGGCUGAGCUUUAUAGG